AUGCAUCCAUCUCAGGGGGGGGGUGGGGUGGUGGGGGGGGAGAGGAGGUUCUACCAUCUUGGCGUUUCCGAACUUGGGGGGGUGUCACGGGGGGAUGAGGGGGGGGGCGUGGGGGGCGGAAUUAUAUAUACCCUUUGUGUGAUGGUCGCGGGGGGGGAGAGUAGGGGGGGGGGGGGGCGUAGACCUAAGGAGCGAGCGGGCAUGAGCAACGGGUCGGGGAGGCGUGCGGGGGGGGGAUGGGGGGAAUGGGGGGGGGGGGGGACGCGGGGGGCUGGGGGUGAAGGGGGGAUUGGGGUAUGGGGGGAAUUUUCGGAGAGGGGGGGGGGGAGGGGGUUGGUUAGAGGAAGGUGCAACUACUUUUUGGGGGAUAAUCCCAAGAAUUGGCGCGGUGGGGGAGGGAGAGGGGGGCGGGGGAGGGGCAGGGGGGGGGCGGUUAGUUAUUUUUUGGGGUGGAGGGGGAAGGCCCGGGGGGGGGAGGGGCGGGUGGGGGGGGGGGGGGGGGGGGGGGGGGGAGGGGGGGGGGUUCGGCAGCUUAAAAAUUCUGGCGGGCAGGGGGGGGCGUGGCGCAGGGGUUUUCUACCCUUAAGGCGUGGGCCGGAAUUGUCGGGUUAG